UCUUCAGCUUCACUACUGUCGGAGUCUAACACGACACUCAUCAGGGCUUACAAGAUUCGAUCUUUCCUGUUGAUCCUGCAAAUCAUUCUCCUACAAGCAAUGGCCAAUGUGGUAACACUCUCGUGGGCCCGUGACGGCCACUUGCUGAGUAUUGCUGAGAUGGUGAUCCUCUGUGCACUGCUGGCCCUGUGUUUGGUCGUCAUCAUUAUAGGCUUCACUGCGGUGGUGUUUGAAAACCUGUGGCUAGUGCCAGUCUGGUAUUUCAUCCUCUCCCCGUACUACGCCUACUUUGUUUACAAAAUAGUCCACGUUGCAGCAAACUACAAUGAUGAUUACAAACCGAAAGUCGUUGUAUUCGAUGACGAUGAUGACAAAAAGGGAAUCACAACUGGUUAUGGAUACAUUGGAAGUGCACUCAUUACUACAUGUUUUCUGGGGUUGAUUGUGCUGGCAUUGAUGUCCGUGUUCAUGGCAUUCAGUCACAGGAACUUCAGAAAGGGACUGAAAGAAAAAGCUCCGCCCCCAACUGAGCAGUGGCAGAGUCUAUGGCGUCGGAUGUCCACCGGAUUUACGAAGAUGCCAAAAAACUAGUCCCAUUUCCUGAUCCCUAUGUAUAUACAUCCUCCCACAUAAUAUAUGUACACUGACAUGAACAAGAAAACUGCACCCACGAGUGUUUUUGAAUCUGUAUUUCGAGUCUCUACAUCUGAGUGAGCUUGUGUUUUAUCAUGACCAAAAAAUUAUUGAGUUUUUACUUUUUGUGCACCUGCCCACAGCUAUGGUACAUUAUGAAUUGUAUUUAUGACGGCCCAA